AGAUAAACAAGUACUCGGGAGCUGCUGUAUCAACAAAAGGACAGUACAUUGCUCCAUCCGAGAAAGGAAAUUAUAUGACUGGGUAUGUCACAUCUGUUUCUUGCCCUUGGCAGGGUUCCAAAUGGCAUGUUGCUUGUGCCUGUGGUUCAGUAUUAACAAAAAUUAAUAGCCCAGUUUUCAAGUACCCCCCCCCAAAAAAAAAAUUAUAAGGUUAGCGCAAGUGAAUUAAUGAUACAUGUUUUGAUAUGUAUUUAGUAACAUAUGGCUGUAAAGUAUAGUCCAUUUUACAGGUUUUGAUACCAGUACUGAUGGAAAUUGGCAUGACUGCACUAUAAAAACAUUAUAAUUAGUGACAAUUGCAAUGCCAUUACAAUACACACAAUUUUAGCAUUUCUGGUAUUGGUAAUGUUUUUAUAAAAUUGCCGUUCUAAGUUCUUUUGAAAAUCAAUACUAGACAAUUUGCAUGUUAGCAAAGCAUCCGGAAAAGUGGUGACCAUAAAUACUGUGACGUUAUAAAGUUACCGUUUUAAAGGUCAAGUGCAGCUUAGAGAUGUGAUAUACUUUUACAAUUCAUGUAUAGAAUCUAUAUAUAGACGUUGGUUUAUAUAAUAAAAACUCUAGUUUUAGUACUCAAACUAAAAAAAUAAGACCAUGCCUAUUGCCUAUGCCCAUAUUAUUAGAAACAACAGCUUUAAAAACAACACCGAAGAAUACAAUUUAGUAAUGUAUGCCAAACAUGAAUCACAAUUCGUCAUUGCGUUAUUUGCGUAAAUAAUCAUUGCCUCAAUAAAUGAGUGAUAAGCAUAAUAACCAAUAUUCAGUACAUUGUACUAUUGGUAGCUGUACUGAAUACAAGGAAUAUAAUGUCUUUCUUGCUUUUUUUCUGUUUACACGGCCGAUGUUAUUGCGAUAGAUUUGUGCAAGUGUAAUUUAAUAUCACGCAUUGUAAUUAUAUAAAUGCAAACUGCCUAGUUUUCUGGGCGUGAGAAGGUGAGGCGUAAAAAAAAAAUACCUGUGGUUCCGGUUCCCGACCGACCCUAUUUUUUUCUGCCGACCCUAUUAUUUUUUCGACGCGAUUGACCGUGCGACCCUAUUUUCUCCAGGUGGUUGCGGGCUGCUCAUACAGCGUGCCAAAAUGGCGUCUGUUGUCACACUAAUUAUUGAACCAAAUUGCCUAAAUUUGUCCAUAGGAAAUACGCAUCUCUUGUUAAUAUUGAUGUCGGAGCUCUACUGCAAAUCGCCCAGCAAAAUACCGCCAAAACCAUGAAAAAAAUAUUCAAAAAAAAAAUUUAUUUCCGACCGACCGACCCUAAUUUUUUCACGAUAUGAAACCGGAACCACAAGUAUUUUUUUUUACGCCUGAAGAAGACUGGGAACGUCCUAGUUUUUUGUUCGCAGGGGUCUGAGAACGUCCUAGAAUUACCUUAUUUGGAAAUAAACUAGGCUGUUGUCGUCAAAAACUAGGACGUUCCCAGACUCCAAAAUACCAAUCGCGUGCAAUGACGUUGUUUUAAUUAAUCUAAAUCUAGACAUGUUGACAGAAUAAAAACAUUCCUAAAACAGAGAUUAUUAAUAUAAUACGGAAACAGCUUUACAUACGGUAUUAAAAUAGCAGAGUAUUUUGAAAUUAAGCACGAUAAUGUAGAAUACAUGUACACAACACAAACUGACAACCGAUUUUGUGACCUAUAUCAGGCCAUCAGGGCAUCCUAGUUUACGUUUUCUGGUUGCCUAGUUUUUCAAUUUUUACCAUUAUUUUGCCUAAAAUUGGAAAAUUUAUGAGAUUGGGUUCCCAGGCACAACUGGCCUCAUUUGGAACCUUGCCCUUGGGCUGUAUAAUAAUGUUGUCCAGCUGAAGUGAGCUUUUUAAAAACAUUUUCACCACCGAUAAAAAAAGAAUCACCCAUAUAAACAUGAAACUGGCAGACUUCCCAAAUCUUUGUUAUGGAUUUUUUGCUUCCUAUAACAGAUACAGUUAUUAUGUUUGGUCUUCUUAAGUAAAAAAAAAGAGAAGUUUCACACUUGACGUUCAUUUUCAUCCCAAGUUAAUCCAUAACGCUGUGAAAAGUAGAAUUGCUGCCUGGUUCGAUCAUCAUAACGCAGGCAAUUUUUGGCUUCCGGAAAUUUUGCCUAAUUCCGAUGUCUGAAUUUCUAAUUAGGGCUUCACUCUUCAUAUAAAACCUACUUAAUUAACACAUUAUUCUGACCUCAGAUGAGGUGGACUCAUUGGACUUAUUCUUUAUUUGUUAACAUUUUUAGCCAAAAGCCAUUGUACUUGUUUAUCCAAGCUCCUUCACGAGACAAAGUAUACUGUAAGUAAAAUUUGAUUAUUUACCUGUUGAAGACUGCACACUGGCAGUCGAAAACUGGCAGACGAAAGCUCAUGUUAAAAUAAAUUUUACAAUCCGAGAAUGCAUCACUUAAAAAGCGUAAUGAAAUGUUAAAAUGCUAAAUGUUUAAUUUUGAAGCAAGAUUUUCGCAAAUAUCGACAAAAAGGCACAUUUUAGGAUGUGAUUUGACGGGACUAAUUAUUGGGUAAAAAUUUGCUUACACUCGCAAUUUGUCGACAGCUGAUUGCUCUCAAAGGUCUUUGAAAAGUCUUUGAAAAUAGGCAGAAAAAAUAUUUGAAAGUCUUUGACUUUUUUUGGUCUUGGAGACUACGAACCCUGAUUACGCUUUUUUAGUGAUGCUUAGCAAACCUUUCUUGGCUAAAAUUCGCAAAAUUUCAAUAUAUAUAGAUCAGAGAACGUUUCAGAAACUUUAUCAUGAAUCCUGGUCACACAUCUAGCAUUUUUAAAAAGAUUAGUGUUGGUGAUUUUAUUGGCAAAAACUGGGUAGGGCCAGAAACUGGAAACCCAGGGUUUAUUUUUGCCUUGUACAAUAUAAUUUGUACCCAAUUUUAUUUUAGUGGCUGUACAAAGAAUCCGAGGCAUCAUGAAUGGUGACGAUCCUUUCACACCUCCUCCUGUUCUUCCGCAACAAAUGUUACAAUCUGCGCAAUCAUCUUUACCUUCUGGGGUAAAUAUCUUUUAAACAAAUAUCCUGUGGUUUGCUUGGGCGUAUAAUAUACUAGUGCUGUGCGCCAUAGAUCUGCCGGAGUUUUAGCGUUUUUUUGGUCAGCUGGAGUUGCAAUGCUUUCUUCCAUGCCUGUCAAAUGUUGGGAUCCUAGGUAGCGUCGCUACCUGCAAGUGCCUGAAGCUAACUGCAAUCUUUGGUCAGAAGUCUAAAUAUCAAAAUAUGCAUGCUUAAGUACAGUAGAAAAUUUCAAGAACUCCCUUUUCAAAUGCCAAAACUGAUCUAUUUUCAAACCCAGAACUCCGUUUUCAAAUGCCAAAACUCCUUUUUCAAAUGCCAGAACUCAGUUUUCAAACGCCAGAACUCCGUUUUCAAAAGCCAGAACUCCGUUUUCAAAUGCCAUAACUCCAUUUUCAAAUGCCAGAACUCCGUUUUCAAAUACCAAAACUCCAUUUUCAAAUGCCAGAACUCAGUUUUCAAAUGCCAGAACUCCGUUUUCAAAUGGCAAAACUCCAUUUUCAAAUGGCAAAACUCAGUUUUCAAAUACCAAAACUCCAUUUUCAAAUGCCAGAACUCCGUUUUCAAAUGCCAAAACUCCUUUUUCAAAUGCCAGUACUCAGUUUUCAAAUGCCAAAACUCCGUUUUCAAAUGCCAAAACUCCGUUUUCAAAUGCCAUAACUCAGUUUUCAAAUGCAAAAACUCAGUUUUCAAAUGCAAAAAUUCCAUUUUCAAAUGCCAGAACUCCGUUUUCAAAUGCCAAAACUCAGUUUUCAAAUGCCAGAACUCCGUUUUCAAAUGGCAAAACUCCAUUUUCAAAUGGCAAAACUCAGUUUUCAAAUGACAAAAUUCCAUUUUCAAAUGCCAAAAUUCCAUUUUCAAAUGCCAAAAUUCCAUUUUCAAAUGCCAAAAUUCCAUUUUCAAAUGCCAGAACUCCGUUUUCAAAUGCGAGAACUCCGUUUUCAAAUGCGAGAACUCCGUUUUCAAAUGCGAGAACUCCGUUUUCAAAUGCCAGAACUCCGUUUUAAAAUACCAAAACUCCAUUUUCAAAUGCCAGAACUCCGUUUUCAAAUGCCAAAACUCCUUUUUCAAAUACCACAACUCAGUUUUCAAAUGCCAAAACUCCGUCUUCAAAUGCCAGAACUCCGUCUUCAAAUGCCAAAACUCAGUUUUCAAAUGCCAAAACUCCUUUUUCAAAUGCCAAAACUCCGUUUUCAAAUGCCAGAACUCCGUUUUCAGAUGCCAAAACUCAGUUUUCAAAUGCCAGAACUCCGUUUUCAAAUGCCAAAACUCCAUUUUCAAAUACCAAAACUCCAUUUUCAAAUGCCAGAACUCCGUUUUCAAAUGCCAAAACUCCUUUUCAAAUGCCAAAACUCCUUUUUCAAAUGCCAAAACUCCUUUUUCAAAUGCCAAAACUCCGUUUUCAAAUGCCAAAACUCAGUUUUCAAAUGCCAAAACUCCGUUUUCAAAUGCCAAAACUCAGUUUUCAAAUGCCAAAACUCCGUUUUCAAAUGCCAAAACUCCGUUUUCAAAUGCCAGAACUCCGUUUUCAAAUGCCAAAACUCCGUUUUCGGCUUGAUAUAUGAAAAUUUUCGACUAAUUGGGUUUGAGCAAAUUAGUGGACACUCAAUUUUGACAAUAUGAAACAUAACUCAAAACAUUUCUUCGAUGCCUGGUCCCCUGUCGUAAUUUGCUAACUGAAAAUAUUUUUUGGCUAUCUGCAAAAAAACUAAAUAUACAGUCAUGCUUUCUGCCAGAACAAGAGGAAAUGUAACAAUUUAGUAGAAUUAUUAUUGGUUACAAAUAAUGGCAACAUUAAAUUUUGUUGAAAGUAUAUACUGUAUAUAAUUUAAAGUCAUAUCAGUUGUGUCAAACCAUUAUGUCUGUAAUUCAUCUAUCACAAGAAAAAUUGUAAAUCGCUAGCUUCAUGCUUUGAUAUGCUGCGUCUUCUUUAUGCUGAUUACAGACUUUAUGCCCUGUGUUGUUGUGAGAUUUGAGCUGUUAAGUGGCCAGAGCCAAAACUUUGAGCAGUGUUUGCACAGCACUAUAAUAUACUUUCAUAAAAUAACAUUGAGAAAUUAUUUGUGUUCUUGUAGAUGUAUUAUGUUCAAGAGAAAGUGUUUGUUGGCCUUGAUAAUGUUCAUCCUGAAUUUAAUCUGAAAGAAAAAAUUGUUGGACCAGGUGUAAGUUAAAAAAUAUACCUAAGAAUCACUUCAAUCAGCUGGGAUAAAAUACCUUACUUGUAUUAAAAUUCUCGCAGUGCUAGACUUUGCACAGCACUGGGUGCGCAAAUUUUAGUACUGCACGAAAAGCCUUGUGGUGUAAAGCCCCGUUUACACGAGCAAAUUUUAUUUGACAAAUUUCAUAUGUCAAAGAUAUUUUCCUCGUGUAGAUGAUACAUUGGUGACAAAUUUAUUGUGACAAAUGCAUUUGAACAAAAGCUAGCAUGCUAGCUUUUGAUCAAAUGCAUUUGUCAUAUUAAAUUUGUCAGAUAAAAUUUGCUCGUGUAAACGAGGCUUAAUAUGAGACACUCGUUGUUAGUAAUGCAAAUCAACUGGGUUUAUUACUUUAUUAACAGAUUUGCAUUACUAUUUGCAUUAUGUUAUUGUAUUAGGCAAAUGAGAACCAUACAAUAAAUUUUUCAGUUCUUGUUGGUAUUUUGAACUCACGCUUUAUUGUUCUGUAUCAUGAAUUUUGCUUACAUUACAUAAUUUUGAAGCCAUUUUUUGAGGCCACCUAAUCACUUUUCGAUUAAGUUUUGAGAAAUACUGAAGUAUUUGUUGAUAAAAAAAUACUUGUUAUAGAUGUGUUAAUUGUUAAGAGGCAUUUUUUUUCAAUGUCGCGUAUUUACAAUGAAAAGUGUUCAAAACCUAAAAUCGUUUUGGCGUUCCUCUCAGAAUCACUUUGUUUUUGCUUUAUUCUCUAGUUUAUACAGUUAGCUACCUUUUUAAAUGCAUCUGCCGGUUGAGAAACAUAAAAUAAUAGUUAAGUCAAUUAAAAUACAAUUAUCAAUGAUGCUUUAAAAUUGACGCCAUAUUUAUUAAGCAAUAUAUAAGCAAAACUUACUGAACUUCAGACAUAAUUUUCUCUCUGGCGUAUCAUCUAAAAUCUCUUCAUUUUAGCAUUAUUUUACAGAUAAAGCACUAAACAUACUUUUUAAGUUUGUUUGCCGAUUGAGAAACGUAUCGAAAAAUAAAAAUUUUGAAUUUAGUCAUAACCUCAAGUGGUAUAUUAUACGCAUUAGUUUUGAGCGCGUGUUACGUAACAUACAAAAAAAACUCCUCUUAAUAGUUCUAUUAAACAAACCAAAAAGAACGAACACGGAAAAUUACUUGCGCGAAUUUAAAGCUGCGCGAAUAAGUCUCAACAAGGUGCACGAAAUUAAAUCGCGCAAAUUUAAAGCUGGCGAAAAUGAGUACGACACGAAAUUUAAUACAAGUAAGGUAAUAAAUAAUGAAGUAAUAGGAUGUAUAAAUAUAAUAAUUACAUUUUCUUUCUUUCAAAGGAAAGUUAUUUUCAGCACAUCACAAAAGAAACAGGAGCGAAGGUGAGGAUUUAGAAUUCCUAUGUUGAGAAAGAUAAUUAUUCUUAGAUAUUUUAUUUACUAUCUUCCUUUAUAUUUCAAGAAAUCAAGGCAGUCAUUAAUGACUAUCUACCUUUUGUCUUAACACAAUUUAUAUAAACAAAACUUAAUUUAAUAUAUAUUCUUAUAAACAUAUAAUAAAUCUAUAAAUUCUAUAUAAACAAAUUCUAUAAAUUUUAUAAAUUUUAGGUGAAUCUGAGGGGAAGAGGUUCUGGCUUUAUUGAGCCAACAUCCGGCCGAGAAGCAUUUGAAGCCCUCUAUGUCUACAUCAGGUAGGACAUUGCAUAAUGCUAACAGAUGCAGAAAGUAAUUAUUAGGAUAAAUACUAGAAUAUUAAAUCAUAUGGCAGAAAACUUUCACCCCAAAAUUUAGGAUCCCAGAGACAAAAAUAUUAUAUCCUGCUAUAUGGUAACACGAUUUAUUCUAUAAAAGUUUUACUGUAGUUUUGCAAACUUAGUUAUUUUCUAAUUGUUCUUUCAGUCACACAAAUUAUCCUGGUCUGGGGGCUGCAAAGAAACUAGUUGAAAACCUUAUCCAAACGGUGAGCAACUAGUUGUAGAUAAAUUAUAGUUGCAGUUGGUAGUUGCUAAAAAUUUGGGUUAUGUUUGAAUUAUUUAGGUCCACACAGCUCACCAGCAGUUUCAAAUGCAACAGACAUCAAACUCGUAUUACCCUAACUAUGGAGGUAGGUUUUGAAGACUUUUUACUGUACACAUGUAAGAAUCUCACAACUUGGCAACAAGAUGUGUUUGCAACAGGCACAGAACUGGCUUGCAGCAAGCUUCUCAACAAGCUGUAACAAGGCUGUUAUUUUAUCAAGUUGCUACAACAACUUGUCAACAGGAUGUGUUCGCACUGCUUGUUCCCAUCUUGUUGACAGCUUGCUACAAGGUUGUUGAACUCAACAAGCUUGUUACAACUUACAAGUUGUUCCAAUAACUUGUUAUCGUCCUGUCAACAAAUUGUGAGUGACAACCUUGGAACAGUAUUGCUACAAGUCUGCUGCUACAGUAGGUCUCAAUCUUGUUUGGUCUAACAAAAAAAUCCUAUGGUUACCUACCGAUCCUACGUUUUCGUUGCUUGCUUUUUAAUACAACAUGACACAAAAAUGGCAUCCGUUGUCACAACAGACUAAUUUUAAAACUAGGCAAGCAGGAAAAGUCAUGACUGCUGAUCACCAUGAUCGGGAACUUUGGGAACGUUAUUUCAAGCCCUGCCACUGUCAAUCAAAAAAAUUUCAAACAAAAAAUAUCUAUCUGACCUAGCUACACUAAUCUUUUUGGGAUGUGAAACCAGAACAGCAGGAUAUUUUUUGAUAGUCAAUUUUAUUUAAAAUUGAAACCAGGGAAGACUUGUGGUGUUUGGAAGUUCUUUUUCACAUUCGACUGAGGUAGAUAACAUAAUCAGAUGAUCACAGAUUGUAUGAAUGAAAAUCUGGACACACGAAACCCUGGGCUUGGACCUAAAAACCUCGGAAACUAAACAUUGUGCAAACGUUAGUUUAGUUUAGUUUAGUUGCCUCAAUGUCCGAGGUUUUUGAGUUCAGUGUUGAAACUCUGAAACAUUGGAGAGGUCUUUCGCGCAAAUGAGUGUUUAAGUACAAGAGAUAGAUUGUAAUGUUAUCAUACAUGUACAUUAUGUGCAUUGGAGGGUUAAGAAAGUGGAUCAUGUAAAGAUAUCAUCUCUGCUGAUAUUGCCCUCCUAGAACAAAUAGUAGUAGAUCAAGUCGGAGAAUUUCAAGUUUAAUUUCUGACUUACUACAUCUGCUGACAUUUGGUAAGACCGAUUUACGUUACACAACUUUUGCCUAAAACUGUCGCAUGCAACCUGCGUACAACUUGAGUUGUACUGUGUAAAUCAAGCACACAACUCGCCUAUGUUGUCGUAAGUGAGUUAUGUGAUUUACACAGUACAAUUCAAGUUCUAAGCUGGUUGCAUGCGACAGUUUUAGGCAAAAGUUGUGUCGUGUAAAUCGGCCUUCAUUGCUUUUGGAAGUUAUAAGAUUUAAUUCAUUGAUGCACAGAAACCUUCAGAUUGGCAAAUUUUUGUUGAACACGUUUAAAGUAAUUGAAUAGAUGAUUCGAGCUUUUGACUAAAUUUUGAUCUAGAACAAAAUCCAUCACCACAGCUAGAAAGAGUAUGUUAAAAUUAGUUAAAUUGCAAAGUUUGGUUGCGAAAUGUUGUAAAACGCGGAAAAUAUAGCCCUGCGAAAUUUGCAAAUUUUGUAUUAAUGUAUUCACCACUUUCGGCCCAAAUUUUCCGCAUUUUACAACAUUUUGCGGCCAAACUUUGUAAUUUUACUAAUUUUAACAUGUUCUUUCUAGUUGUGGUGAUGGAUUUUGUUCUUCUUGCCUAGAUCAAAAUUAGUCUAUAGAUGGAAUCAUCCAUUUCGUCACAUAAUAUACUUUGUCAUUUACCAUGUAGGAUAUCCAGGUCAAAAUACUGGCCAACCUCCGCAACGACCUCCUCAUAUGUAUAAUAUGGUAAAUAUCAUUUAUGUAUUCUGUUUUAAUACAUUAAAUAAUUUGUGUUCUUUGCCGGAUGAUUUGAUGCAGCUUAUGGUUAAAUCAGUCCGGACAAAAUGUCCGACUAAGGCCCUGUUCACAUGAUCUCGGGAUAAACAACUGCCCCGCGACAAGUCAUUGACCCGGGGUACUGAUAUCUUCUGUUUACAUGAACAAAACUACCGCGGGUCAUGGCUAUAAAUACAUUACGCGGGAAUCAUAAAAUAUUCCCGCCAACGUGAAACGGUGAAAUAUUGCUAAAUAAAAAACAUUCUGAUAAACGCAAGUCGUAUUUUAUGUUAUGAUAUUUACAAAUAGAACGUAGUUGAUUAUCAGCCGUAAUAAAAUGUCCUCAAUUCAUUGUUUCUGGUUGACCAGAUCAAAUUAUUUGAGUAACAUACUACACUUCUUGGUUUCAAACAUGAUAUUAGCGACAAUUUUAUUUUAAUAUUAUUAGAAUCAUCACUUAUAGAUUUCUAAUGAUAUCUUCAAUCAAAUAACAAGUUUUGUGGAGUCCAACGUGCUCUAAAUGUAAUUUUAGCCGCGAUUUUGAUCGUUUUACCAAAAAUUCAAUUAUCCCGGGACAAAGUUGCCCCGGGGCAAAGUGUUCACAUGAGGAAAAGUUGUCCCGGCUAGGCGAGUGUCCCUGUCUACAGAGGCGAGGCACUCGGGUCAAUUCUUGUCCCGGGACAAGUAAAAUAUCAUGUGAACAGCACUAUUCUUUUACUAAGGAGCCGAGACAAUUUUUGGCCCGCGACAAUUGCUUGCCCCGAGACAUAACGCUGUCCCGGGUUCAUGUGAACAGGGCCUAAUUCUGCAUUUGGUUGGAAAAACUGUAAUUUUGUCGGAAAAUAUCCGAUGUUUUCACAUGAGUCCAUAGCGAGAAUUGAAUCCACGAUAUCAGAGGUGACAUGCGCUUACACACGAAAAAUCUCACAACUUGUCAGCAAGAUGUGUUCGCAACAGGCUUUGUAGCAAGCUUGUCAAUUCGCCAUUCCCCUUAUUACGUUUUCGUGGCGCUUUGCAUUGUGGUUAUAGUGGUAUCACUGAUAUUCAAGAUGGCUUAUUUUUUGUCCUGACCCGUGCAAGAACUUUUAAAAAAAGCUAGGGUCAGGUGCCCGAUAGCCAACAGCAAAAUAUUCGCGAAAACAUUCAAUAUUUUCAUUCGAGGGCGCUAUCUUUAUCAGUGAUACCACUUCAACCACAAUGCAAAGCGCUACGAAAACGUAACAAGAGCAAUCGCGAAUUGUUGAAAUGCAGCACGAUAACAAGUUGUUGGAACAACUUGUAACAAGUCUGUUGAGCUCAACAACCUUGUAGCAAGUACAACUUGUCAACAACAGGGAAUAAACAGUGUGAACACAUCUUGUUGACAAGUUGUUGGAACAGCUUUGCUACAAGUCUGCUGCAGCUUUGGAUUUUUACGUGUGUACUGUGUAGUCUGCUCUUAGAAGUCUUACUCUGUGAAGUCUUACUCUGUGAAGUCUUACUCUGUGAAGUCUUACUCCAUAUUCUCUUUCUUCAGCCACCUAUGUCAGGUUAUGGUCCCCCUCCUCACUCUGGUGGGCCAGCCCCGCCUUAUCCCUCGUACCCAUACCCUCUUCCCAAUCCACCUCCUCCACACUUCAAUCAACUUGGACCGAACCAUAAUAUCCCUCCUAAUCCACAAAUGCCACCACCUCACGCUAUGUAUCCCAACCCAGCGUUACGUCACGAGGGUAAGUAACUUUAUCACGAUGAGUGAACUCAUCUUACCUGAGCAUGCGUAGAUUGUACAUGCUGACGUGUACUGAAUAUUAACGUGGUGAUCUACCGGAUUAUUUCAAGAUAUAGUCGGCAAAAUUUUUUAAUUAUUAGUAGAAUUUUGAGGUGAAGACAAGGCUAUAGAAUGAUGUAACAAAUGUUGUAUGGCAAUUGCAUUUUUAGUCAAUCUGGGACACCUGAUUUUCAACAUUUUCUGGGUCUGAUAGUGCUCCCUAGUAGUGCCCAUCUGUAUUUGGUGCAUGUUAUCUAAAUUAGUUUUAUGUUAUAUUCCUAAAAGUAUUAUUAAGAUUCUCAGUGCACUGAAAUACAUUUUUUUCUGUUAAAAUUUAGCAUGACAUUCAGUUUGACAACUUGUUAGUGCCACUAGUUCAGUGUCGAUUUACUUGAAUAUUUGCAGAAAAUUUUAAAUAUUCCCAUGUGGUCCCAGAAAGCAAAAAUUUUUCCCCCACUCCUGUCUGAAAUAGUCCUUGACCAUGAUAUUCUCGUUUUAGGUCCCAGACCUCUCAUGGAUCAACGUCCACCAUAUAGGGAACCCCAACCACCCAUGCCACACCCAGCAGCGUCUUAUACCCCUGAAUCUCCUACACAACCCCAUCCAGAACCACUACUGCAAUUUAAUUAUGAUGCUCCACCCGUACCCGACCGUAGUAGCAGGUAUAAAAAGAAGAAAUUCAUUACAGUAAUGCCUCGCAUAAAAAAAACAGUGGGUUAAGAACCACCAGCCUGAAAUUUGGGCAAUAGACAAUUCCCAUUAUAGACUAAUUUUAAAACUAGGCAAAGAGAUGCAAAUAGAUCACCACAGCUAGAAAGAGCAUACUAAAAUGAGUAAAACUACAAAGUUUGAUUGCGAAAUGUUGUAAAAUGCGGAAAAUAUAGCCUUGCAAAGUUUGGAAAUUUGAUAUACUUUUGUAUUGCGUGCGGAAAUUCCUACCACAUUUGGGCCGAAAAUGGUAGCAAUUUCCGCACGCAAUACAAAAGUAUACAAAAUUUCCAAACUUUGCAAGGCUAUAUUUUCCGCAUUUUACAACAUUUCGCAACCAAACUUUGCUACUUUACUCAUUUUAGUCUGCUCUUUCUAGCUGUGGUGAUUUAUUUGCAUCUCCUUGCUUAGUUUUAAAAUUAGUCUAUAAUGGGAAUUGUCUAUUAAGCACCGAAAAUACACGCGCAUACCUAGAUAUACAUUUCGUCCUAUCAUUUCAAUUUUCAAUGGCGAUUACCUAUUUUACACAAGAUUUCGUAUUCUUCUUUAUUCAGUAAUAACGAAGUAAGAUCAAAGCAACCAGAGCCUGUUGAACCUCCCAAGCCUGUCAAACGAAGAUUUACUGAGGUAAUAAAACUGGACGAUGUAUCCCUGUCCAGUGACUUGGUCCCCAAGACAGGCCAGUAUGUUUGUUCGAAUUUGUUGUGUUUCAUAAUACUAACCAUCUUUUUCUUUCGUUCUUUUUUGUGGUUCUUUUUCUCGUUCUUAUCAAACAGGCACCAGCUAAGAAAACGAUCCCACCACCACUUCCAGAAUCAUUCAUGAUAGAAAAGGUUAUUAAUAGUUUCAAAUAUUUCAUUCCAGGGGCGGAUCUAGCCUCAUCUAGAAGGUGGGGUGCAGGUUUUCCAUGGGGUGGUGCAUGAGGGAGCCUUGCUGCCCACUCUCCUCUGCAGUCUGCAACGCUACUAUCCCAACAUUACCAUUAUUUGAGAUGGCCGAAUCUGCAUGUUCGCCGUUCUGUUACGUUUUACAUUAUCUUUUGUUUAUAAAGUGUAUGUCGGCUUUUUAUCACGUAUGCGUGACUGGGCAGUUGCUGUAGCACAGUGCAGUAAAUUUGCUUGUUAAAGUACAGUAUAUGACAUGUUUACAUAUUUAACCGUGAUAUUUCACUAAAGCAUUGAGUAUUUUCCCGUGAGCUCACAAAUCAAUUAAACCGUUUCAAUCAUAAAUUACCUAACGACGUUAGAUCUUGGCAAAGUAGCGAGCUAGCUCGGGUACCCGAGCUGGUUCGCCUCCAUAUAAACACCCUCUAGUUGGCUGGGCUCAUAUUGGCAGGCCCUUAGUAUUUAGCAUAUUCGUUAAGGUUCCUUAUUUCUUUUACGAGGUUCUCACUCCUCACUGAAUGCAUCUUUUAUUUUAUUUAACGCCCGGCAGAGAUCUGUAUCUAGUUUAGAUCAACAAUCCACUCAAUCCCAUACACCAGGUGGCGAUGUUGACAAGAGGACUAGUAGUAUGGCGCCUCCUGUUCUGCCUGCUCCAAAGGUAAAACCGAGCGACGGAAGUGUUAAGAAGGAAAAUGCUAGCUCGCCGCGGGACGGCUUCAAGAUGCCGUUCAUGCCAGUUUCUGCCGUUUUGUCAGGUGAGUAUUUUUACAAAAUACGAAAAAACUGUAACUCCGAAAAGGUAAAUUUUUCAAAGACUUCUCACUGGAUAAUAAAUCUGAAAUAUUUUCGCGAACAUUUUCAACACAUCAAAUCUAUUUUAGAGCUAUAUCCUGACGAUCAAACUAACUCAACUUCUAACGGGUGUCCCAAAAAAAACUGGGAACUGUUUGAUUUCAUGUAACGUAAAAGCUAUCGCAAUGAAUGAAAUAAGAUCAUUGCAUUCAGAAAGGCCUAACUUAGAAUUUUGAUAUAUAGCACUUGAAUUUACAUGCAAUAUUGAAUUUGCAUGCAAUAUUGACAACUAUGCAACCAAUUUUAGUUCAAGAAAUUCCGAUGUAAUGAAGAGCCAAAAAAUAUAAUAUAAAGUGCUUAUGUUUCUCACAAUGUAGCUAUAACUAUUGCAUUAUUUACAGGUGCUAAAAAGAACUCGCCUUCUCCACUGUCAGGAAAGAAACGAAAACUUGACGAGCCUGCGAAAUCUGAAAAGAAAUUUGGGACAGAAAAGAAAUCCACUGGUAUUGCCCUCCUGGGUUCCUAUGAUGAUGAUUCGUCAGACGAAGAUUAGUAAAGUUAUAUAAUUCAUAUUUUUAUCACAAGCGGGUUUUCUGGGGGGCGUUGCGCACCCUUGCUCUUCUUCAGAGAAUGUCGGCUCCCCAGAUAAUGUUAGUAUAUCAAUCAUAGAAUUCUAAUAUGAUUUGGUGCAUUACUCUGAAGUAUCCUAACCCCUUCACUGGCUUUCGAUCUUAAUUUGGGCCUGCGUUAAAGCGUUGAGCUGUUUUCUAUUCUCUUAUAUAGGCUACUUUACAUUAUCAAAGUUCCUGUUCCUUCAAAUCUUACGCCCGUAUUCUAAAAGCUCACUCACACUCAAUGAGUGGAGGUUCAAUCUGAGCUUUUCUUGAGUGUCAAUGCUGUUUUUGAAUAGCUGGAGGGUGAGUAGUCACAUAGUAAGGUAUGACACUAGCCCUCCAGCUAUUCAAAAACAGCAUUGACACUCAAGAGAAGCUCAGAUUGAACCUCCACUCAUUGAGUGUGAGUGAGCUUUUAGAAUACGGGCGUUAGAAUUUACCUAUGCAAAAUUCUUACUUUGAUCACAGAAAGAACAGCCAUCAUUAAAUUGAUGACAUCAUUUGAUAAAAGCCAUCAUUAAACGUUAAUCUUCUUUCCCAUUGUCAUUGAUAAUUCUUUAUUUUCAUACUUGUUUUUCACCUUCAUAUUCCUUUUCUCUUUCAUCCUCUUCUGCGUGACUGUUUCAAUAUAGUUUUGCGCUAGUUUUUUCCCCUCGAUAUAAUUCGCAUCGCAUCCAGGGUUGGGGUAAAACCAUAGGGUUGCUUUAAGACAUAUAGUGCCUGUGAAGAAAAUCUAAACUGUUAGUCAUUGCACUCUCUACUUAAAAAAGAAACGACUAUUAAUAAUAAGAAAAAUACUUUAACUGUCGUUUUGGGCACAAAACACGAGGUUCAGUUGCAACGAUUUUAUUUGGCAUUCUCCUCGCUUUGGAAAGGCUGAUCAUUACCUCGCCUGUAUAUAUGACUGGGGGGAAGCUAGUGUGACAUAUUAACAGUUCAUUCAUCACUGUCCCGUAUUGACUUCAAUAUUUCUAGCUGGUUUCGUAUAAAUAUUUGAAGCUAUGUAAAUGAGGUGAUCUAAAAAAUAAAACGUGGAUGAAAAAAAUAGAAUUUUCACAUCCAAAUGGC